GCACUUCCGGCCUUUGUAUAGCAUUCCCUAGGUUGCGGUUGUCAAGGAUUCAGAGGUGGCGCGGUCAGGGCCAGCUGGCCUGUCAUUUCACGGAUGCCUCGAUCUCACAGUUUCAAGAAGAAAAGAUCAAGGGGGACUUACUAAUAGAUUCUUUUUUGAACAGUUAGGCCUAAGAUGGCCACAAACGUGUCCCUUCAGACUCUAGAGAUGCAAGAGGGAGUUCUUACUGUGGUGUUAAAGAAGCAAGAGGACAACCAGACAUGUGGGCAAGCAUCUAGCCAGCCAAGAAAUAACCCUCACUCUAGAGAGAUCUUUCGUAGACGCUUCAGGCAGUUCUGCUAUCAGGAUACACCUGGGCCCCGGGAUGCUCUUCGAAGACUCCAGGAGCUCUGCCAUCAGUGGCUGAGACCAGAGAUACACACCAAGGAGCAGAUCCUGGAGCUGCUGGUGCUGGAGCAGUUCCUGACCAUCCUGCCCGAGGAGCUCCAGGCCUGGGUGCGGGAACACCGCCCGAUGAAUGGAGAGGAAGCAGUGACUGUGCUGGAGGAUUUAGAGAGAGAGCUGGAUGACCCAGGAGAGCAGGUCCCAGCCCAUGCUCAUGACCAGGAAGAAUAUGUGAAGGAGAAGAGAACUCUAGGAGCAGCCCACGAGCCAUCAGGUGCCCACCUCCAAACCCUGGAAGAGCAGCUUCACUGUAACUUGCAGGAGGUGAACCCAGUUCAGGAGAUUGAUGGCAAGGCUGGGACUUGGAGUGUGGAGCUAGCCCCAAAAAGGGAGAUUUCUAAAGAAAUGAAAUGUCUUCUGGAAGUACCUGGAAAACUGAAUGGUGGUAUUCCUCAGGUCCCUGAAUGUGGAGAUACCUGUGAUAAGGAGGGCAGAUUGGAAAGGCAGCGAAUAAGCUCUUCAGUGGAGAGACCGUUUAUCUGUAACGAAUGUGGGAAAAGCUUCACUCAGAAUUCCAUCCUUAUUGAGCACCAGAGAACACAUACGGGUGAGAAGCCCUAUGAAUGUGAUGAGUGUGGGCGGGCCUUCAGCCAGCGGUCAGGACUGUUUCAGCAUCAGAGGCUCCACACAGGGGAGAAGCGCUACCAAUGUAGCAUUUGUGGCAAAGCCUUCAGCCAGAAUGCUGGGCUUUUCCAUCACCUCAGAAUCCACACUGGGGAAAAACCUUACCAGUGCAAUCAGUGCAGUAAAAGUUUUAGUCGACGCUCUGUCCUUAUUAAGCAUCAGAGAAUUCACACCGGAGAGAGACCUUAUGAAUGUGAAGAAUGUGGGAAGAACUUUAUUUACCAUUGUAACCUCAUCCAGCAUAGGAAAGUCCACCCUGCAGCAGAAUCCAGCUAAUACGUUGGAAUAGAUAGGG